GGCCUUGCGCGCGGGAAGAUGGCGGCGUCCAGGUGGAGGUCUUGAGAGCAGAUUGGCAUGGCGUUGGCGUCGGGGUCCGCGAGGCGGGCACUGGCUCGCCCUUGGCGGCUCGGCCUUGAGGGCCGCGGGGUCCCGAGACGCGGGGCGUACGAGUGGGGCGUGCGAUCCACGAGAAAGCCGGAGCCUCCUCCCCUGGAUAGGGUGUAUGAGAUUCCUGGACUGGAGCCCAUCACCUUCGCGGGGAAGAUGCACUUUAUGCCCGGGAUGGCACGACCAAUCUUCCCGCCCUGGGACCCCGGCUGGACGCACCCGAAGUUCCGCCGCUUGCCCCCGCUGCAGGAGCACCCGCUAUACAAGGAUGAGGUCUGCUACAUCUUCCACCAGCGUUGCCGCCUCCUCGAGGGUGUAAAGCAGGCCCUCUGGCUUACCAAGACCAAGUUAAUAGAAGGCCUUCCUGAAAAAGUGCUUAGCCUUGCUGACAAUCCGAGGAACCACAUAGAGAACCAAGAUGAACGCGUUCUGAGUGCGAUCUCUCAUGCUCGUCUCUGGCAUUCUACUGAAGACAUCCCCAAGAGAGAGACCUACUGCCCAGUCAUUGUGGACAGCCUGAUCCAGCUGUGUAAAUCCCAGAUUCUCAAGCAUCCUUCUCUGGCCAGGCGGAUCUGUGCUCAAAACAACAUGUUAUCCACUACUUGGAAACGAGAGUCUACUUUGAUUCAGGUCCAUGGUUCCAGUGGAGCCCAGCUGAAUGCCAAGGAUCCUCUGCCUCCCAUUGCCUCCCAAGAGGAAGUGGAAGCUACUACGAAUCAUGUUCUCGAGACUUUCUAUCCCAUAUCUCCCACUAUCAGCCUUCAGGAAUGCCAUAUUUAUGAUGUGAAUGACAACACGGGAUUCCGAGAGGGCUAUCCUUACCCGUAUCCCCACACCUUGUAUCUGCUGGAGUCAGCCAACUUGCGAGCACGCCGCUUUCAGCCAGAUCAGUUGCGGGCCAAGAUGAUCCUGUUUGCCUUCGGCAGUGCGCUGGCUCAGGCCCGGCUCCUGUAUGGGAACGACCCUAAGGUUUUGGAGCAGCCAGUAGUUGUGCAGAGCGUGGGCACCGAUGGGCGUGUCUUCCAGUUCCUGGUGCUGCAACUGAACACCACAGAUCUGGCUUCCGAGGAGGGCGUCAAGAAUCUAGUCUGGGUGGACUCCGAUCAGCUCCUCUAUCAGCACUUCUGGUGUCUCCCGGUGAUCAAAAAGAAGGUGGUUGUGGAACCUGUUGGGCCGACUGGUUUCCAGCCAGAGACAUUCAGGAAGUUUUUAGCUCUGUAUUUGCACGGUGCUGUGUGAGCCAAGGACUGUUCUGAGGCCGGAGCCGCCUGCGCCCCGCUCUUCCUGAGGGUCCUGGAGCCUGGAUGGUGCCUGAAGCCACAGCACUCCUCGGGCCGGUGGUCUCGCCGACAAUAAAAGAGCCCUUCCGGCGCUCCGGAGCCUGGAUUUGUUGUCAGGGUGCUUUCAGGUGGGGCACCCACAGCUACGCACAGGCCCUGCCCUUGAGUCUGCCUCUGUUGCAAGGGCCAGUCCUGGAGCUUCACCUGCCCCAGCUUUGUCUGUGACCCAUCUUGUGACUUUACAUAAGAAUCUUCCUCUCUCUGAGUUUCAAUUUCAUCAUCUGAAAACUUGUGGCUAAUGUGACCUACAUUGUUUUACAGACUAUAGAUUAUGUGUAUGUAAUGUUUGCUUCCUAUUAGGUGCUCUGGAAUGGUCACUAGGUUCUGUGGGAAUUUUUUAAAUUGUGGACACAUUCCACAGUGACUGCAGGAAAUCUGAAUAGAAUAUUCAGUGUAGAUUUCCCGCUAGUAUCUUGGUUAAUGGACUGAGUACAUCCCUGGUUCAGCUGACCUCUGUUCAGAUAACGUCAAGCCCUGCUCUGGUCCAGGCAGCUCAUACACAGCAUCUUGUUCAGUCCUCACACAGCCUUUGCAAGGUAAGUGUCGUUUCCACAUACAAGAAAAGUGUUGAGAGUGCCUGCUGUGUGCUGGGCUCUCUUCUGGGCACCGUAGUUGAGGAGGUGCAGGUAGUGUAAAGAAUCACUGAAGGUCACACAGCUGAAAUUUUAGGUCCGCUCCCUUAGGAAACUCUGAGGUGGAGGUUUCCUGGGGAAAGCUUGGGAGAGCCUUGGGGAUCGGCCCCGUGGGGAGAGAGUAGCGGCAUCAAGUGGAGGAGGGACUGGGCUCAAUGGGUUUGUACCUGAGGCCUCGGCUGACUCUGAGCUCCAUGGGCACCCCCAUGCUGCCGAGGUGCUGAGCCUUUCCAUGAACACCGGUGGUGAGUCACCAGUCAGCAGGUACACUGCUGCUGACACAGGAGGGACCUCGUGAAGUGGCUUUGUUGGGGCUGAGUGUGACUCCUGAGUGGCUUUGCUGAGAGCAGGCGGCCAGGACACUUCUGCUAUAGGAGGAAGUCCAGGAGCCCAUGUCAGCUCCAUACAUGACAGUGUUGUUUCCAGCCCUGUGUGUGUCUCACUCCCAGGUUGUGCUCCUUACACUUUACAAGGUACCUUUUAGGCUCGGCUGGGUGGGGAUGGGGGCAGCAGGAGGGUUUACCAGGAGAAGGACAGAUUGGGCUGGUGGUGUAUGCACAUGAAGGGAUUACCUGAGAAGGCAGCACAUGUGCCGAAACAGCAGAGAGUGGUUGGAGAUGGGGACAGUGGGGGUGGGGGUGAGGCGGGAGGGGCCAGUUCUCAAGGGCCUGGAAUGCUGGCACUUCAGGUUUCCCUAGGUACAAGUUGUCACCCAUCCAAGGCAGCCCCGGUUCUUCUCUGGGGGUGACCACAGCUUGGAGUCAUUUAAUGUGGCACCUUAGUAUGUAUAGUAUAUGUAUAAUAGGGAUGCAUAUAGGUAUAUUAGCUAGUGUCAUCCUAUCUAUAGACCGUUCUACACCUUCCUUUCUUCACCUAAUACCUUGGGAUCGCAGAUCUGGCCACAUCAGCACACAUGAGCUACCUAGUUCUUCCGAGCAGUGGCAUUAAUAUCUAUCGAUGGACAUUCAAGGUAUUUCUAGUUGUUAGCCAUUACAAAUAAUGCUGCAGUGAGCAUCCUUGUUCACGUAUCUUAGAGUACUUCUGCUAGCGCAGCCAUUGGAUAAAUUCCGAAGCAGAAUUGCUGAGUCAAAGGGAUUUUUUUUUUCCGUAAGAACAUUCUAUGGGCAAAUGGAGGACAGGUUGGCAGGGUGACUGUGCAGAGUCCAGCUGGAGGCCAUUUCGGUCAUUGGGUGAGUGAUGGUGGUGGUCUGAAGCCAGGCUGAGGGGGCAGAACCACCACCAGCCCACCCCCCAGUGGCUGGUAGAAUGGGAAGCGAGAGGGCCAAGCCUGCCUGGGUCUUGAGCGUGUGGGACAAAGGCUGCGAGCAAGUGGGCUGUCAGCAGGUGACCUUGUAGCUUGAGGACAGCCCUGGAAAGGGGCCAGGGUUGCAGGGAGGCCUGGGCACUCAUCCCAGCCUCUGGGGUGAGGACAGCCCCAGUGGCAACCUUGGUCUGUCACCUCGGACCUUGGAGCUAAGCUGCCUAGCCUAGUGCCCACUGCUGUCUCCCUUCAGGCCCCUCAAAGCCAGUCUGUGAGGUGAGGCGGGCAGGACUGGCAUUUCUAUCCUCCCCAUGCAGGUGAGGCUCAGACACCACGUGGUGCAGUGUGAAGAGCUGGAAAGUUCGUAUGUGAUGACAUCUGCCCCCUCCACAAAGAUGUGUCCGCUUCCCCAAAUGCCCACCUGCCUCAGCCUCCCCACCUCUUACCUUCCCUUCCUUGUUCAACACUGGGGUGGAGGAAUACAGGGUGAUCUUCAGGCCCUGUUCGGCCUCAGGCCUGAGAACAGACGACUCAGUCAGAGCCAGUCUGGGAGAAGGAAGCAGGAGGAAGGUGGAUGGGGGUAUCCCAUUAUUGGUAUAAAAAUCACAUUAUAGGGACUUGGACUUUAAAGCAACAGAUGUUUGGAACCAAAAUUUUGUCGAUGGCAUUGUGAGCACAUGUGAAUGUACUCAUUUUGUUGUGUAUUUAAGUGUAUUGCGGAUGAAAACUCGGUUCACUUCCAGCAGGCUUCAGUAGACUGGGGAACGCCAUUUCCAAGAGUCUCCUAUAUUCCAGCUUCCUCUCAGAUCCUGAGUUUCCUCAUCUGCAAAGUGGUAAUAAAGCACCUGCCUCCCUUU